CGACCCUUCUAGACCUCGCUUCCCCCAAAAGGCAGUACCGCAGUCCGCAGUAGCAGCAGCAGAGUCCAGACCGUUCUCCGCCCCUCUCCCCGCCACGCUCUUCCGGAGAGCAUCGCCGGCCGCCAUGGGCUCGCCGCUCCGCACCGUGCACCUCCGUCGCUCGUCGCCCUCGUCGCCAGCGGAUACCGUGGCGAUCACGGUGGAUGGCGGCUCAGGGGUGGACCUGGCCAGGGUGGGGCUCGCGCUGGGGCUGGACCCCGCCUCCGUCCGGCCCAACGGCUACUUCCUCAGCCGCGGCCCUGGCCACGUCUGCUCCGCCGUCACGUGGCGCGCGCUCCUCGCCUUCUUCGCGAAGCGCGGGCUGCCCACCGGCGCCGACGCCGCCGCGCCCGUUGUCGUCCACGGCAGGCCCGCCGCGCCUACUGCGCCGAGCUCAGAUUCUGCAACUCCUCCAUGCCCAAAGCGAAAAUCUGGAGUCGAAGUAGAAAGAUGUCCCAAGAAGAGCAAGCCUCAAGAGAACAAAUCAGUUCUUCCAAAACGAAGGCACGAUGUACUCAGCGAUGAAAUCAUCCUUGGUCUAAAGAGAAGGCUCAGGCUGGACGACCCAAUCCCAGCUAAGAAGAUUACGCAAGUACAAUGCAGUUCAGAGACACAACGACCAGUUAAAUUUUCUUGCGGCUUUGUGAAUGCAAAUGGAAAGCGGCUAUGGGAUGUGGAGACACAGCAACCAGUUAAAUUUUCCUGCAGUUUUGUGAACGCAAAUGGAAAGCGGCUACGGGAUGAGGAGAUGAUCACCUCGCUUUCAUGUAAAAAAGCUCGGUGACAGGAGCUGAGGUAAAUGCCCUACCAUAUGUUCCAGCAGUCAUGUAAUCUUGAACAAAAGGGCGUAUACUUCGCUUGGAGGCAGUUCCAGACGCAGCUGUUGUAUGUACAUCCAUGCACCUUGUGAAUAUCACAUUGAUUGUAACUAAACAACAUUUUUAGAGUGAUAAUCCUGGUGACAAGACGUGCAAGUCCGUAAUCA